AUGUCGCAAAAGCAAAACCAAGUGAUCCUGAUCACUGGAGCCUCUGGCUUCAUUGCCACUCACAUCGUGAGGGACUUCCUUCAUGCCGGCUAUCACGUUCGCGGAACCGUCCGUUCAUCCGCCACGGCCGAGCUAGUUCGCCAAAGUUUCUCCCAAUUUGCACCUCAAUUGAGUCUCGUGAUUGUGAAUGACAUGAGCAAGCCUGGGGCAUUUGAUGAGGCAGUCCAAGGUGUCCAAGGCGUGAUUCAUACCGCGAGUCCAUUCCAAGUCUUCAAUGUCGAGGACAAUGAGCGCGAUCUGCUCCGUCCAGCCAUUGACGGAACAAUCAACAUCCUCACAUCCGUGUUCACCCACGCCCCUGAAGUCAAACGCGUUGUCAUCACAUCUUCCUUUGCUGCCAUGCUCGACAUCAGCAAGGGCUCAUGGCCGGGUCACGUUUACUCCGAGGCCGAUUGGAACAUGACACCGUACGAAGUCGCAGCUGCCAAGGGCGCUCCGGCUGGUCUGGCAUACUCUACUGCAAAGGCCUUGGCUGAACAUGCUGCCUGGGAUUUUGUUAAAACCAACAAACCCAAUUUUGAUAUUGCAACAAUCAUGCCCCCCAUGGUGUACGGCCCUAAUAUCAAUGCCACUGCCAACUUGGCCAAGCUGAAUACCUCCUCUGCUGAUAUUUACCGCCUGGUUUCAUAUCAAACCAAAUCUUCGGAUGACGUACCGCAAAAUAUGUUCUGGUCAUUUGUGGAUGUUCGCGAUGUCUCAACGGCCCAUCUCCGUGCCUAUGAGGUCCUCGAGGCUGGCGGCGAACGCUUUUUCCUUUGCGCUGGUAACUUUACCUAUCAACGGUUUGUUGACGCUUUGCGUGAGAGGAUUCCUGAAAUCCAAGAUCGCGUGCCUAUUGGAAACCCGGGCACUGGAACUGUGCCGUCGAGUGUUUACACCAUUAAUAAUACGAAAUCACAGAAGAUCCUGGGUAUUCAGUACCAUAAGCUUGAGGACACUGUUGUUGAUGCUGCACGUUCUCUUUUAAAGCUAGAGGGGAGUCUGCCUAAGUAA